AUGCCUGGCUUACCGGCCAGCAUUGACCUGGAUGAGUGCAUUGAGAGGCUGUAUAGAAAAGAGCUGCUAGCGGACUCGGUGAUCGAGGCAAUAUGCGCCAAGGCGAAAGAGCUGUUGAUGAAAGAGAGCAAUGUGGUUCACAUCGCAGCCCCCGUUACGGUGGUUGGAGACAUUCACGGGCAGUUCUUCGACAUGAUUGAGAUAUUCAAAAUUGGCGGUUUCUGCCCAAACACGAAUUACUUGUUCCUCGGCGACUACGUCGACCGCGGGCUCUUCAGCGUCGAAACCAUCUCCCUCCUCGUCUGCCUCAAACUCCGCUACCCGUCUCGCGUACACCUCAUCCGCGGGAAUCAUGAAUCCCGCGGCGUCACCCAGUCCUACGGCUUUUACACGGAGUGUGCCCGCAAAUACGGCAACGCCAAUGUCUGGCACUACUUCACCGACAUGUUUGACUUCCUCACUCUGUCAGUCGUCAUCAACGAUCAGAUCUUCUGCGUCCACGGUGGCCUCUCCCCCUCUAUCCACUCAAUAGACCAGAUCAAAAUCAUCGACCGCUUUCGUGAAAUCCCCCACGAGGGACCCAUGGCUGAUCUCGUCUGGUCAGACCCGGACACGGAACGAGAUGAAUUCUCGCUCUCGCCGCGCGGCGCGGGAUAUACCUUUGGAGCGCAGGUCGUUCGGAAAUUCCUCGAGGUUAAUAGAAUGUCUCACAUCCUGCGCGCGCAUCAGCUCUGUCAGGAGGGGUACCAAGUUCUUUACGAUGAUAAGCUAAGUACAGUCUGGAGCGCGCCGAACUACUGCUAUCGGUGUGGAAACCUUGCUAGCGUGCUGGAGGUCAGUGAUACCGGAGAGCGAUUUUUUAACAUAUUUGAUGCGGCGCCCGAGAACGAUAUCCACCGUGGGGAGCAGCAGGCGCAGCAGCAAAGCAAGGAUGGCCAGGGUCCUGUGAUUGACUACUUUCUGUGA